AUGGAGUGUGGCCCAUUGCUGCCAGACAUUCUGGUGUUGGAGAUUUUCCUGCAUCUGCCCCACGAUGCCGUGCUGAGAGCGGGCCUCACCUGCCGCCAGUGGCUGGCUGUAUCCAGGGAUGAGUUCCUAUGGAGGGAGCUUUUCUACUCCUACUAUCGCAUCCCUCGCGCUGUACCCCGACACCCAGCGGCCGUGUCUUGGUACAAGGAGUUCAGGCGUCUCUUUGACUGCAUCCCGUGUGUUGAGGUUCAAACGUUGAGGGAGCACAGUGACCAGGUGCUCCAUUUAGCCUUUUCCCACCGGGGACACCGCUUCUCUUCGUGCUCCAAAGACUGCACUGUCAAGCUUUGGGACACGGAACGGAGCGAUGGCAACAUCUCGCUGGUGCACAGCUCCAGCAUGCGGCAGUUCAACUGGGGCUACACGCAGUUUUCCCAGUUCAAUGCUGACGAUAGCCUCCUGCUGGUGUCCGGCGUCUACUUGGGUCCGCACCACUCCUGCUCGGGGGAGAUCGCCGUCCUCAGUCUGGAAAACUACACCCUACUGUCACGGGUGAGGAACAAGCCGUACGACGUGUUCGGCUGCUGGCUCAAUGAGACCCAUUUGAUCUCUGGCAACCUGCACUGGAUCGGAAACAUGACGUCCUGCUCUGUGCUCUGGCUCAAUAAAGCCUUCCAGGAUAUCGAGUCUGAGAACGUCAACGUGGUGAAGCGCCUUUUUAAGAUCCAGAACAUCAACGCCAGCACCAUCCGCACCGUCAUGGUGGCCCACUGCCGGCGUCACGACAACCCCGACCUGCUGCUGGACUACGACGCUCAGUCUCAGGCCCGCAGGCAGAAAGGCCUACAGCAGGAGCCGCACCAGCCGCUACUGUUCGACUUGGGAACGUCCGAUAGCGAAGAUGAAGACGAAGGGGACGCGGCUGGCCCGAAAGACUGCAGGUGUCACGGCUCGCCCGCCGUCUCCAGCCUGGAGCAUUUGAAACAGACUGGUAAGAAUUUGGAGCCCAGCCAGGUGGCCGUUGAGAGACAAGUGGCUCAGAUGAUGGGCCGGACUCACACCAAAGCACCAGAUUCCGAUAUAAUGGAGACCUCAGAGCUCGGCGACGGAGAGGACAAGACUUACUUAUUGUUUACCACCGGCAGCCUUACAUACUCUCCUCACCAGAUAGGCAUUAAGAGGAUCAAGCCGGACCAGAUGACUACCUGCGGACCCGUGCUCGGAGAAGAACGCAGCACCGAGGAGUUCUUCGACUCGCUGGACCAUGUCAUCGAUAUCCACGGGCACAUCAUUGGGAUGGGUCUCUCUCCAGACAACCGGUACCUCUACGUGAACAGUCGGGCGUGGCCCGCGGGCUGCGUGAUUUCUGACCCUAUGUCUCCGCCCCCCAUCGCCGAGGAGAUUGACCUUCACGUGAUUGACCUUAAGAGUUUGAGGGAGGAGCGACGUAGCCUCCGAGCCCACAGAGCCUUCACGCCCAACGACGAGUGCUUCUUCAUCUUCCUCGACGUCAGCAGAGACUUUGUUGCCAGCGGCGCAGAGGACAAGCACGGCUACAUCUGGGACCGCCACUACAAUAUCUGCUUGGCGCGGCUGGCCCACGACGACGUGGUCAACUCGGUGGCCUUCAGCCCCGCCGACCAGGAGCUGCUGCUGUCGGCCAGCGACGACGCCACCGUCAAGGUGUGGCGGUCCCCUCGAGCCGUACGUAUGGCGCGCGACGCCGCUCGGACCCGCCGCCGUCCCGGCCUCCUGUCCUCCUGGCUCCACCGCGGCCGGACCCUCAACGGCAAGCUUUGA